AUGGCUACUGAAACCGUCUCCAACACGGCCGCUGGCCUGACUAACGCGGUCAAAGGCCUCUUCGUCAAUGGCAAAGAGUCACCAUUCUUCCCCGAGGAGCCUGAAGCCCCCAUUCUGAAGACAGAAAUACCAGGACCACAAUCAAAGGAGGCAAUCGCACAUCUUGACAAAGUGUUCGACACUCGGUCACUCAACAUGAUGGCCAACUACCACAACAGUGUUGGAAACUACAUUGCAGACCUCGAUGGCAAUGUGUUGCUCGACGUGUACGCUCAGAUCGCUUCAAUACCCGUCGGCUACAGCAAUCCAAGCCUGCUCGCGGCAGCGACUAGCCCUGACAUGGCUUCUGCUUUGAUCAAUCGACCAGCUUUGGGUAACUUCCCUCAACAUGAUUGGGCAGAAAUCUUAGAGACCGGUAUCCUCAAAGUGGCACCCAAAGGCCUCAACCAAGUCUUCACUGCAACUGCUGGCUCCGAUGCGAAUGAGUUGGCAUACAAGGCAGCUUUCAUGUGGAGACGGCAGCAAGAGCGCGGUGGUGCUCAUGUUGAGUGGUCCCCAGAAGAGCUGAGCACAACCAUGAACAACCAAAGCCCAGGCUCGCCCAACCUCUCCAUCAUGUCGUUCAAGAGUGGUUUCCACGGUCGACUGUUUGGUUCGUUGUCCACCACUCGCUCGAAGCCUGUUCACAAGAUGGACAUGCCGGCCUUCGACUGGCCUCAGGCUCCCUUCCCACACCUCAAGUACCCUCUCGAGAAGCACGCUGAGGAGAAUGCACAAGAGGAGGCUCGCUGCCUUGAGGAGGCGGAGCGUAUCAUCACCACUUUCCACUCUCCCGUAGCUGCCAUUAUCGUGGAGCCAGUCCAAUCCGAGGGUGGUGACAACCACGCCAGUCCAGCAUUCUUCAUUGGUCUGCGAGACAUCACGAAAAAGCACAAGGUGUUGAUGAUCGUUGAUGAAGUCCAGACCGGAGUCGGUGCGACUGGCAAGUUCUGGGCGCACGAGCAUUGGAACAUGCAAGACCCACCGGACAUGGUCACCUUCUCCAAGAAGGCGCAAGCGGCCGGUUACUACUUUGGCAACCCCGAUCUGCGACCGAACAAGGCCUAUCGUCAAUUCAAUACCUGGAUGGGUGACCCAGCCCGCGCUCUGCUUUUCCGCGCAAUCAUCAACGAGAUCGAGCGUUUGAACCUUGUCGAGCAGACUGCCAAGACUGGCGACUACCUCUACGCCGGCCUUGAGAAGCUCGCGGCGAAGUACCCGGAUGAGAUCCUCAACCUUCGCGGCAAGGGCCAAGGCACAUUCAUCGCAUUUGACUCACCUCGCCGUGACGAUGUACUCAAGAAGGCGAAAACUGUCGGAGUCAACAUUGGUGGAUCGGGCGAGCGAGCAGUCCGUCUGCGGCCGAUGCUGAUUUUCCAGAAGCACCACGCGGAUAUCCUAUUGGAAGCCUUCGACAAGAUCCUCCAGUCAUGA